AUUUUCGCUAAAAUUUCUGGCCGAGGGUUUUGAAAAAAGAAGUUACUCCUAUUUAGAGACAAAAAUUGCAGUUUAUUGAGGGUGGGAGAGGACCAUCCUUCACCAGAUCCAAGGAAUUGUAUCGUGCGUAUACUCUUCUGGGAAGGGAGAAAGUGAGAAGAUGAGUGGCAAAGGGAAACUUAUCAAUGGCGGCGGCGGCGGCGGAGUUGGGGUUAUACCCGCGGGGUCUCGUAAGAUGGUGGAGAGUUUGAAGGAGAUAGUGAACAACUAUCCAGAUUCUGAGAUCUAUGCUGUUCUCAAAGAGUGUAAUAUGGACCCCAAUGAAGCCGUCAAUAGGCUUCUCUCUCAAGAUCCUUUUCAUGAAGUGAAAAACAAACGGGAGAAAAGAAAAGAGAAUAAGGAUUUUACUGACUCUAGGCCACGUAAUGGUAGUAGUUUACUCCGUGGAGGCAGGGGUGGUGCAGAUCGGUUUGUUGGGCGUGGUUGCUCAGAGUCUACAUUGCAUGCAAAAUAUACUUCUGCUUCUAAAAAGGACAAUGUGCCUAGUACAACAUUAGCUACUGGAUAUGCUGGGAGCAACAUACAUUGGCAGCCUACAGCCACCAGUAAUGUCCUUGGUAGUGAAAACAAAAACUCAUUGGCUGUUUCAACUGAUCAUAUUUCAUCAGCCCUACAUCCUUCUACUGGACAUCAAACUUCUUGGGUGAGUGUUCCGGGUCAAGUAUCUAUGGCUGAUAUCGUUAAGAUGGGCAGGCCCCCCACUAAACAAAAUGUCAAUUCCAACCACAACCAUGAUCAUGGACAUUCCUACCAUGCAGCACAUCAUUUUUGCAAUGAUCAUGCUUCUAGAAAUUCUGAAAUACACUUGGACUCGGGGGCAUGUUCUAUUCAACAUGAUUCAAAUAAUAGCGAUGAGUGGCCCUUAAUUGAGCAGCCACCGGCUUCUAUUUUACAUCAUAACUCAGAGGCUGCUGUAGAACCUCAACCAUAUCCAGGCUCUUCUAAUGUGGCCUUUGAUAGAAGUAACCAACAUUUCCAAGUAGAUGAGGUUCAGGAAAUAGAAGAUCAUGGCUUAAACAUCAGUACAAGACGUAUGCCAUCAUCUGGUCUCAUUCCUGACAGAUUUUCAGAAGACAGUUCUGGACUUCAGUCCCAGCAAGACAAUGACAGUGACACUUAUGGACACAAGGAUCAUAACAGUUCUUUGGUGGUGCAGGAAUUUCAAGAUGUAAAUGCUACAGUUUCAUUAGCUGCUGAAAAAAUGCAACAACUGACUAUACACAAGGAUCACGCUCCACCUGAAGAGGAGGGGCCUUCUGUUGUUAUUCCAGACCACCUACAAGUUCAAAUUGGAGAUUGUUCACAUCUGAGUUUUGGUAGCUUCGGGUCUGGAAUGAAUGCCACUCUUUCUGGUCAUUCAGCAUCUUCUCCGUCUAAAAAUCAUGUGGAGGAGGUGGUUGAAAAUGCAGAAGAUUCACCAAUGGGGCAAUUGCCGACAAGAAAUUCUGAAUUCUAUGGUGGCGAGAUAAAUGCACAGGAUAGAAAUUUGUUUCAUAUGACUGGGAAUUACAACUCAUCUGCUGAUUCACAACCUGAUUCAUUGAGUGUGGAAACAAGUGAAGUUUCCCAUGCAAAUCAGUACAACUUUCCCUCACCGAAACCUGGCUAUAAAUAUGAGAAAGCUCAACAUCUGAAUGUGGAAUUUAGUCAGCCUCAGACAAGCUCACAGCAGGUCCAGAGCCAUGCUUCUUUCAAUGCAAUGGGAUAUACAAAUUCGUUACCAAGCAAUUUGUUGGCAGCUAAUGCUCACGCUCUUAGGGAGUCUGAAAUUUCAUACUCAAUAUUUCCCACGCACACAAUGCUCCCAAAGUAUGGCAACUCAGUUUCUUCUGUUGGUGGUCAGUCUCUUUCUAUGCCAGAGACUUUGAAAACAGUUGGCUCAUCAAUAUCCAUGCCAGAGGGAUUAAAAAAUGUCGGUAUGUCAUCAGCACAUCCACCUAGUCAGCAGAACCCUAAUGGGAGUGGUCUCACAGGACCAGCUUUACCACAACACCUCAAUUUACAUCCAUAUUCGCAACACACUCUUCCUGCAUUGAGUCCCUAUGGCAACAUGAUUGGCUAUCCUCCUUUUCUGCCUCAAGGUUAUACAUACAUGCCCUCUGCUUUCCAACAAGCAUUUGUGGGUAACAGUGCUUACCAUCAACCAUUGGCUGCAAUGCACCCUCAAUACAAGAGCAGUGGUGUAUCAGUUAGCAGUUUGCCUCCCCAAUCUGGUGGUGGCAUUCCUUCUGGCUAUGGUUCAUUUGGGAAUACAAAUGCAGUUUCCGGUAACUUUCAAAUGAAUACCCCUGCCCGAGCUCCGUCAGUUACUUCCUUGGGCUAUGAUGAUUCACCAAUUCCUCAGUACAAGGACAACAAUCUUCUAACGUCUCUUCAGCAGGGAGAGACCAAUUCUGCUACGUGGCUACAUGGACCUAGUUCAAGAACAGUGUCAUCUAUUCCCACCGCCAGUAAUUAUUACAGUUAUCAGGUACAGCAGCACCAGCAACCUGGUGGGUUCAGACAAGCUGAACAGCAACUGCCCCCACAGAAUUAUGGAUCUUUGGGCCACCAGAACUUGUACCAUUCACAUACAGGUGGAAUAUCAAUAGACCAUCAUCAGCAGAAACAAAACCCCCGAGAUGGUUCAUUAACGGGUGGGGCCCAAGGGCAUCAGUCUACGCAGUGCCCCCAACAGAUGUGGCAAAACAACUACUAAUUUCACAGCCCUCAUGGUUUUCAGGCUAGGUCUUGUAUGGAGUGUGAAAGUGACCUUUCAAGCUAACCACUUGCUCUUCGGCAAUGAUUUCAUUGAGUUCUUAUAUCCUGUCCCAAAGGACCUGAUUGGUUACUGCCCUAAGCCCUAUUCCUAGAGAGGUUGUGCUUACAUGUUCAUUCAUCGGUUAGUUUAACGUAGGGCAUAAAACUGUUUUCUCUAUAUUUCAUCCUUUUUGCUUUAUUCUAAGAAAUUCCCAUGUUAUAGGCUUUUAGCCACCAUUCUCUCAUUUGGGAAUUAUGGCCUGGUUUUCCCCAUUGUACUAACCAGUGUGAUUGUAUUAUGGUUGCUAACCAAUUUUAAUUCCUCUCAUUUUUGCCAUCCGGAGAGAGAUAUCCUUAUUUGUGUACUACUUUUAGGCGUGGACAAAAAAAUCAAACCAGUACUCAACCUACCUGUAAUGGUACUGAAUCAAAUACUGAAUAUUUAAAUAGUUUUAUAGAGUUUGAAA